AAGAUACUGACAGUUCUUCCACCUUACGACAGAUAUUGAAAUUAAUCAGUUCUGUGUGUGACUCGAAGCGAUUCGCUAGUGGACUGUAGAACUGGAGAGGAGGAGGAUUUGUUUAUUGUCCGUGUUGUGAGCUCAGAGGAGUCGUGGAAACCCGGACUGUAUUUCAUAGCUGUGCUGUUUGUUUAUAAUAUGUAUGAAUGAGGCUGGUGAUGGAUCCACUUGGCAUGGUAGCCGAGGUCGUGGAAUUGGAAUCCCUGAAACGAUGGCACCAAAUCCCACCAGUGCACCACCUCACAGACUACAGUGCCAUAGGAGAGGAACAGAAGCAUACGACCAGUCCCUUUCCCUUCGACCCUGUAAUCAAUGACAAGAUAGCAUUAUGGACAGGAGAUAUUUCUUGUCUGUCUGUGGAUGCCAUUGUAAACUCUACCAACGAAUCUUUGACAGAAAGGAAUCCAGUAAGUGACAGAAUAUGUGCCAGAGCUGGACCGGCACUUAAGGAGGAGAUUUGGCAGGAAGUGAAGGAAUGUCGGACUGGAGAAGUACGAGUAACUCAGGGUCAUAAUCUGCCAGCACGAUAUGUGAUCCAUACUGUUGGCCCAAAGUAUAACCUAAAAUACCAGACGGCAGCAGAGAAUACCCUACAUUUCUGCUAUAGGAAUGUUCUACAAAAGGCUUGUGAGCUGAAUUUAUCUACAGUUGCAUUGUGUGUUAUCAACUCAGUCCGGAGGAACUUCCCUCCAGAUGAAGGUGCACACAUAGCAUUGCGCACUGUGCGGAGGUUUCUGGAGCGGCACCUCAAUGCUUUGGACUUAGUGGUUUUCGCAGUGGAGAACAUUGAUAUAGGAAUCUAUGAAGUGUUGCUCCCGUUGUACUUCCCCCGAUCAUUACAAGAGGAGGAAACAGCUUUAUGGCAGUUGCCUGCCAGUGUUGGGGGUCCUGAUGGUGAACCUCUGCUACCGGAUCGACAAAUUCGCAUCAUUGAUAACCCUCAACACUCAUUAGAUGGUGAGGAAUCAGUUGAUCUCUCUUCACAACUUGACAGUUCGGUUACUGUUGGUGAACACGCAUUCAGCCAUAUGCAGGGUGACUUGGACCAGCAGAGGCUCCUUGGGGAGCGACCGCAGACUGAUCCAAUAGGUGAACUGAUGAUUAAGGAGAUGCAGAACCAAGAAAGAUAUGAACGUCUGCUUCGCCGUGCCAAAACAGAAGAUUUGUCAGAAGUAUCUGGCAUUGGGUGCCUCUACCAGAGUGGAUAUGAUCGCUAUGGGAGGCCUGUGAUCGUAUUUGUCGGAAAGUGGUUUCGCGUCAGGGAAGUUAGUCUUGACAAGGCACUGUUAUAUUUAAUCUAUCUGCUGGAUCCUUUGGUGAAGAGUGACUAUGUAAUAGCAUACUUCCACACAUUAACAACCAAUGCAAAUCAUCCAUCCUUCACAUGGCUGCGAGAAGUCUAUAAUAUUCUGCCAUACAAAUACAAGAAGAAUCUCAAAGCUUUCUAUAUUGUUCACCCAACAUUCUGGACAAAGAUGAUGACAUGGUGGUUCACAACAUUUAUGGCUCCAGCCAUCAAACAAAAAGUGCACAGCUUGCCUGGGGUUGAGUACCUAUACAGUGUAAUGUCUCCUGAUCAGCUUGAAAUUCCAGCUUAUAUUACUGAGUAUGAUAUGACUGUGAACGGCUUGCACUACUUUCAGCCUGAAUCUACUACUUAAAAUGAGUUCUUAUACCAUAAGGUUCUUAAUGCAUUUGUUUGUGAUGUGAAGAGUGAAUAUGAAUGAAGAGACACAUUAUGUUGAUGUAAAUGUAGAUAGAUAGAUAGAUAAAAGUUCUACAGUAAGAAGGAAAUGUUUUUCCAUAGUGACUUAGGGAUAAUUGGAGCACAGCAGCUGGAAUUGACUUGGUGAUAAUCGCAAUUGCUGCUUAUUAUUGAAUAACAGUCCUCUGCUUUUCAUGAGUAAUGCAGCAUAUAUAAAUUUAACAGCUGUUUGACUCAGAGAUUACAAGAUUUUAACAAGUAAUGUAACUAGCUUAUCUGGUAUGUUCAUAAUUUACCCUAGUUGUAGAAUAUUAUAAAUUGUUACAUUAAAGUAAAAAGUUAUUUCUUAGGGAAAUACUGCCAUGACUACGUUGAAGAAACGUUUGAAAGUUAUAAAUUUGCUAUAAGUUCUUGUUGAUUAACCAGAGGAGUUAUACUGCAUAGUUUAUAAUUAAAUUAUAACUCUGAUAAAGAGAGGCUGCAGUCUUUAUGCCAGAGGCCAUAAAAUGUGAUACGUUACAAGAAGUUAUUAUGACCUGAUAUAUCCUUGGAUGAAUCCUAAAUGUAUAUAAUCCUGCUAUGGUUAUUUUUUGCAUAAUUUUCUACAGGCUGACCUUACUUGGACUUUGAGCUACAAUUUCGGCACUACUUAAAUAUACAGAACCUUUUCAAUGUUGCAUGUAAGGUAAUUAAAUGCCACUUCUUUAACAGUACAAAUGUGCUAUUUUCUCACAUCUGGGGACAUCAGUAGAACUGAUGUGUUGUGAAAACCCAAGGAACUUAAAAUAUUAUAGAGGUUACUAUGGCAUAGGUUGUUGGACCAUGAUCAAUACAAGUAUAUACAUGUUCACCAGUAAAUUCUGUUCCCUGACUUCUACUUGGCCAUACCUUCACGUUUUAUAACUCUAUGAGCUUCAAGAUAUCUAAAUGUAUUAAAAGAGUAAGUCUAGAUGCAUAAGAAUAAUCGCUACACUGAUGUUUUGGGAAUAAUGCAUAUCCUGAACCUGUUGGAGCAGGAGUGCGUGUUUCACUUUUAUAAGUUCAUUUCCACUAUAAUAUUAUUUGCUGACUUAACAUUUUCAUAGGCAAAGUUUUACCCCAAGUAACAGGUUGGUUUUCAUAUUCUUUUUAUCAGUGUUUGACAUUCUGUAUUUUGUGAAAAUGUGGUAACCCAGAACAAAUAUUAGAAGCCUGACAUCGAGUUUUUCAUAGCAGUUCAAUGAUUCUUUAAUUAUUAUUAAUUUUUUACUGGGAUUUUAUGUUUGUGAGAUGGAAAUUUAAACUUCUUGCACUGAUUCUCUUCUCAAAAGUAGCAAUGAAAGUGUUAACGCAGACUUCCCACGUGCCACUUGCAGCAUAUUUAAAUUAUUAUUAUUUAUUAAAUAAUUUCAGAUGUAACUAUAUUUAAUGGAUGAUAAAAUUGUGAAACCUAUAUGAAAAAACAAAUUUCAGAGAAUUAAUUGGUGUUACAUUUGAGGACUAUAUUGUCAGUUCAGAAGGAAUACAUAAAGGAAAUCUGGAUACAAUCAGUUCAUAUGCAGCACUGUUAAAAUUAUAAUAAUAGUAAAGGUCCUGGCUAGUAUUAUGAUAAUGCUGAUUUGAGGCCAAGGCUGAGAAUUCUUUCUCCUUAAUGUUUAAUAGGGAAGUAUGUAGUUUUAAUUGCAGCAUUUCAAAGAAACAGUACUAGGUUGCAGCUGAGUGUCUUUAUUGAUUUCAGAAGUAUUGUUAAGUAGUGUAGCUGUUUAAAAAUGCUGAAGUGACUUCUGCUAUGACAACAGUUUUUCAGUAAUGCUGCAGUUUAAACUGCAUUUUAUUUUCCUCUGUUAUGAUGUUAGAAUUUUUCAGUGAUUCAUCUGAGCAAUUCUUAUUUGAUAAUGAGGUUAAUAAAUUUGUUUUAGAAUAAAUGAAGUAUAUAAAUUUGCCAUUGUUAUUAUUAACAUAUUAUUUUUUUAUUAAUUAUAAUGUUGUUGAGGAGGACUGUAUAAAAGUGGCAGAUCUUCCAUCUGUGUUAGAUGCUGUGCUGUUUUUAAUAUUAGGUAUAGAAAAAUAAAGCCUUCUACAUAAUGAAUUGUCAGCAUGUGUUUUGAAGCAAGGAAUUUGUAAAACAGAGUAGCAUAUUGGGAUGGUAUACACCAAUUUAAUUGAAAGUUUGUAUAAUAGUAUGAGUAAAAGUUUUGUAAAUUUUAUAGUAGGUUGUGUAGUUUUAACAUUUUUAAAGUAAAACAUGGUACAGCUACUAUUUCAUAAUAAGAAUUGCUCCCAUCACAAAUAUUGAAGAAGAUAAACUACAUUUUAAAAUAUAUUGAUUAGCAGUACAUUGAACUUUUCAUGUGCCUGUAACAGACUUGUCAGUACAUCAUUUUGUUUUUUGUACCAAAAAUUAGGACAUUUAGAAAAAUGUAGUUUACACUCACACAUUUGUGUUGACAUGCAUGAAAUGGAAGAAGUGAGUUGUUUUUAUUGCGUUACCACAUAAAACCGGAUACACAUUAUGUAAAUUCACGUUACAUUGCCUUUUUAUGUGUCAAAGGAGGGUCAAAUGAACAUAUAAUAAUAAGUAAUAGCAUUUUCAAAAGACUGUAUAUCAUUCAUAGCAGUAACUUCACAAAUUUACAGUAAAAUAACUGGCUGUUUAAGGUGCAUUACUAUCUUAUGUUUAUUCUUGUACACUGUAUCAAAAUUAUAAUGCAGUUGGUUUGGUACCAGCUGAACCUGUUUCUGAAUAGUUGCAUUGUUUAAGUGUUCAUAUUGAGAAGUUUUAUCCACAUAGGGAAUUCUGUAUCUACUGUUAAAAUAUGGUUAGAAACAUAUUAAUAUAUCUAGAUGAAUUGUGUUACAUUUUAAAUAAUUUAUGGGGCAGAACUGACAAAAGAUAAAAUGUAGAUUUGUUGCUGUAAAAUGGAAAAGCUGGUUUGUAGAGACUACAGUUCUGCAAGAUAUUUGAAUGAUGGACAAGAUAACUUAGUGAAGGUAUUCUUUUCUGGCUAUUCACUCUCCUCAGAACAGUAUAGUGCUUUUUAAAAAUAUUUAUAACUACAGAAUUUGUUUCUCAGGUUCUUGUUAGGUAUGUGUAGAUUUAUUAUAUAUAUAUAUAUAUGAAAAGAUAAUCUAUAAUUGUUUUCCCCUUUUGAUUUAUUUUUGCUAAUUUUUAUAGUAAUUUACUCUUUUUCCAACAAUAGCAACCCAAGAUCAUAAUUUUCAGAUCCCAUCACUUUGAUUAUGCAAUACACAAUUUUAAUUCUUGUACAUAUAAAAUGAAGAUUUACAUUAUAAAUUAUGCUCCCUGAGCACAUAAACACACAGUAGAAUUCAAAAUAAGGAUCUAGGUAGGGUACUUUUCAGAAUAAUAUUUUGUAAAAUUCAUUGUGUGAAAACAACUAUGAAUUCUUAUUUUCUUGCAGAGAUCUCGAGCUGGAACUGUAGUUGAUGAUCAAAGGAGAAAAUCUGGCCCCUAUGUAAAUGACAAUUUUUAAGCUGUCAGUUCUCUCUCUCUCUGUAAGUGUGAGACUGCAUGUGUGUGUGUCUUUGCUUGCAUACGCACUUGUGCAUGUAGGGGUGGGGUACAUGUUUUCCAGCAAGUGUUUUCUGACAAUAUGUGCUAUAUACUUCUUGUACUGUUUACAUUUAGCUACAGUAAGUUACAUAUUUAGGAACACACAUGAACACCAGAUUUGUUGUGUUUAAUAAUUAUGCUGCAUUAAUAUGUUGUGAUCAUUCACUGCAGGUAUAAUACACCACAUUCUGAACUUCAUAAUAGUGUUGUGGGUACAGACCAUAAAUUAUGUAUAAUUGAAACUUCCAGUAAGUUGAUCUGCAAAACAAACAGGAAAUAUAGAAAGCUUGAAUUACUGAAUGAAUCAACAACUGUUAAAAUGAAUAUAGUUUUGAUUUUGGCUCAUGUAGUUUUAUUAAAAUUAAACACUUAUAAUGUUUUUGAAUGUAUACUGUGGCAAUGCAUACAUGCUUCUCUUCAUUAUACCAUGAUAUAAUAUAUUGUAAAUUCUAUAUGCUACACAUUGACUAGUAUUUUGUGUUUCUUCUUCAUUUUCUUCUUCAUUUGAUCCAUUAGGCAAUCUGGCUUGUUCCUAUUUCAGACUUAAUUUGAGAACUACAAAUUUUACAGCGAGUUGACAGACUCUUUGGACAGGAGAUCAGCCAAUUGAAAGACCUCUACCACAGAGGACAGCACAGACACAGAAAGAACACAGACAUACAUCCAUGCUUCAAAUGGAAUUUGAACCCAUGAUUCUAGUGUUUGAGUGGGCAGAGACAUUUUGUACCUUAGGCUACACAGCCACUGAUCAGUGUAUCUUGUAGUUAUAUAUCAUCUUUACAGUUUCAAUAUAACUCAGUAAAGGUAAAGUAAAUAUUGCAGUGGUGCCAUGUUACACACUGUAAAUAAUGUAGAACAAGGAUUUCCAAGCAGAUCUCAUACAUCCUAUUUUGCUAUUAUAUAAAUUUCUAGUCCCACUGAUUUGUUACUGCUGUUAUUGUUUUUAUAUUGUUAUUAUCAUGUGAGCUCAGCAUAUAAAUAAAUAAACAAUUGAAUCAUCAUCAUUAUUUAAGUACACCAUUGCCAUUUGUUGUUGAUGACUUGCAAACAAUAUUUUGUAUAUCUUACUUUGUAUUCUACUUCUUGCUGUCUAUGUUCAGCUUCAGUUAAUAUUCACUUAUCUUCAUAUCUUUAUUGCAUACCACUGUAUGUUUUGGCCUAGCUCACCAUCAGCAGGUGUAUAAGUUGCUAUGAUGAAGGAAUCUGAUGCUUUUUUAUAAUGUUUGCUUUUUUUUUGUGCAUGCCUCGGAAUAUUCUAGGUUAUGUGGAUUAUCGUACUGUUGCUAUGAACGUGUUUCGUUUACAAACUUUUUAGCAAAGCAGCAGAUUCCUUCAUCACAAUAACCUAUACACCUGAUGAUAGCCAGUUUGGCUGGUAGUGGUAUACAAUAAAGAGACGAGAUGAGUGAAUAUUAACCAAAGUUGCAUAUAGAUAACGAGAAAUGGAACACAAAGUCAGAUCUAUACAGUGCAACAGGAUGCUGCAGUAUAAUACUAUUUUGUAUAUAAUGUUUAGGUAUGAUCGUCUGCAUACUGAAUUUUGCAUUCUUUAGUCAUCAUCAUCAAACUGAAAGCUAAAAAAUUUUUAAUGGCCUGCAGUUUUGCUAUUUUAUGUUUUACAGACAGUUAUCUUGAGAAAAGUUUAAUAUUUUUCAAAGAUUUAUUAUAAUACAUCACUUCAGGACCCUAACUUAAGUGUUAUUCUCACCGCACAAGUUCAUAUGUCCACCAUGUUGUUAUCAAUGAUUAUAGAAAUUAAAAAGUAUGUAAGUACAUGUAUGUUAUGGUGGCCUCCAUAUUUUGUGACAGUGACUCAACUGGACAGCAUGGUGAAAUUACCCCCCCCCCAAGAAAAAAACAACAAACAAAAUGAAGCUGAAAAGCACUUCAGGAUUUGAUUCCACUCAUGGUCUCUUCUCAGUUGGUAAAUAAAUUUCCGUGCAGCAACAAUGCAGUUUUCAGGCUCUGUUUUCUAGUACUUAGCAGCAUGGUGGUACUAUCACAAAAAUAGUUGCGUGUUCUUGCAGAAUUAGCCCCCUUUUUUCAUGUUAACUUAAGUAUAGGUGUUCACCCUAGUACCACGGGUCACUCUGUAUUCUAAAAGCAUUAUUUUCUUGUGUCUGUGCAGUUUUUCUUCAGAUUUUUACAACAUACACAAUAAAUCCAGAAAUCUGCCCAUUUCUUAUAAUGAAACGAUAUAUAACAUUGAUUAUUGUAAUAUAUUGAUCCAUUUAUGCAUUAAUGUAUCUGGUGUACAGAGGACAAAACGUGUGUUAGAUAUUACAUGUUACGUGUAAUUAUUCAAGAUGCCUAAAAAAUAGCCAAAUUCGGAUCUGUUCCCACUUCAGGGACUUAUUCCAGAUUCAAAUCUUUAUAACAGAAAACUUUAAGUAAGUGUUAACAUCCUUUUUAAUCACUCUUUGUACAAGAAUACAUCUUGCUGUUGCAUAAAACAGUUGGUGAAAUACAUUAGAACUGUGUUAACAUUGCAUUUGGGGAAACCACUGAAUAAUAAAAUUUUUGCAUUCUGUGGUUUCUUAAGACUGAGUACAUAUAUGCGAAUGCUACACCAAAUAUGAAGAAAUGCAGUGAAAAUUCAUAUAAUAACUGGAUGAAUUAUACAGUUAUUUAUAGUCUCCACAACUUCCCAUAAAUUUACUGAUAAUGUGGUUAUAUAUCAUUUUACAAUUAUGAGGUAUAGAAGUGUGAUGUUGGAUAUUUAUGAUAUUGAUGUUAUUUUAAUACACUUAUGAAAUGAUGAAUCUAUAGUUAUUAAUACGAUACAUGUAUGGAAUUGUGUCUGUGUCCUGUAGCCUUUUGUAAUACAGAUUUCUUCAUUAUCGGUAAUCUCACAUUAUUAUUACUUUGGCCGUAUUCUUGAUUAAACACCAAUUUUAAGAUGGCUGUUACCUUUGUUCGAAGAGGACAACUGUUUAGUGCAAGGCGCACCACCUUGGCCAAGUGUGUUUUGCAGAGAAAUUGUUAUCAUAUGCAUGCAGGCACCUUGGUGCCCUCAGAAAGGAUUUUGAGUGCCUGCAGGAAUUUUAGAUAUAUUAAUAAUACUUCUGUACUUAAUCAGUGCUGAUUGCAAAGUAUGUGAUACCCACUGUAUGAACCAAAUGUCUGUCUGUCUAGUGCUGAGGAGUUCUAAAUAUUUGGGUUGUGUGUACGUGUCUCGUUAAUCAAGGGAUUCAGGUGUAAGUAAUGGUGAGUGUAAUUUUCUAAGGAAGUGAAUUAUUCAUUAGGUAUUUCUUUUUGUAGGGCAGUGUGUGCUAAAGCAAUGUUCUGGAAAAUGUUUUGAUGUGAGAACACCAAGAUCCAAAACUGUUUCAUCCAGUUAUUUAAAUUUAUAUCUGCUUUCUUCAGUAGAUUAAUAUGGUGCCCACUAUAAAUUACAAAAUUCCCCUAGUUGCCUAUCAUCAUAAAUGGUUAUGGACCUACAGUGUAGUGGGUCAGUUCACAGUUAGUGAGCUAUAUGUAAUGGCUGAUUUACUCUGUAUAUAAAUUCAGUGAUAUUUAUCUCAUGAAAAUAACUUACCAAUUUUGUAGCAAGUGCUUGACCUUCUUCAAGCUGAAGAACAAUUUUGUGUCUGUAAGAUGAGUUUUUAUGUACCCUUCAACUACAUUGUUUGAACACAGAGACACGAACAUUUGUUUUGGUGAAUGGUCCAGCAAUUCUUAUUGCAGGGUCAGUAGCCGAACACCAGUUUUAAUGCCAGUUUCACGUUUCUACAGAGUGUUUUUGCUUAACAUCUGUAAACUGCAUUGAUUAUUGAUGAUUUUUGAAUUUUUGUCAUAAAUGCCCAUUGAGUGCAUUACACAUAAUUUGUGUUGUCUGUUGUAAUGUCACUUUCCGAAAAGUUCUAAAUUGAAUGGCAGGACAGAAUUUGCAGUCUAUUGAUGGAAUUACAUAUAAACAAUUCCAAGUCUCAAUCUCAGGUUAGCUGUUUCACUAUUUUAAACAAUGUUAUUACUUAAUGUGAAAUACUUUUAAAGAUGAGAAAAAGGACUGUACUGUAGCUUGAAACAGUUUGUCAUUCUGGCACGAAAGCUAUUAAUCUCUUCAUGUUGCACCAUUUAGAUUUAUGAUUUUUGAACAUUGACACCGAGUACUAUCAGAACCUAGACUAGUCCUUGCCAUUUAAGAAAGAAUCUGUUAUGUAUGAUAUGAUUGUAACCUUUAAUGGCAACAGUAUGCUGAAGUCUUCUCAGGCAGUUAGCCAUGUCAGUAUGGAGCUAAUGUUUGACAUUUCAGAGACUGUCUCUAUCUCCAUCACAGAUCAACUUCUGAUGACUGAGCUGGAGACAGUCUCAGGAAUGUCAGACACCAUCUCCACAAUGACAUGGCUCAUCCCCUCAGAAGUCUUGAUUGAAUAUUUACAUUCAUUUUAUUAGUACUUUAUGGAGAGAACUGCAUAACAGCUGUCUGCAUCAGAAGCAGAAAAUCGUUUCAAUUAGUCCAUUUGGAUGCCACGUUUCUUUCACCACAAAAUGCAGCUAUGAAUUACAUAUUGUUUUCAAGUGACUCAGUGAUUUUACACAGAUAAUAGGGCAAAGAAAUAUUCAUGUACACUUUAAAUUGUGAGCUGGUAAAUAUAAGAGACAUUGUUUAAAUGGCUGUUGAUGGAGAUAUCAGUUUUAUUGAAACUCUUAAACUCUUAGUUUGCUGCUUAAGAGUAUGACUGAUAUGUAGCAAAUAGUUACUUGUCUACCUUCACAUAGAGACAAUCACUUUUGUGAAUUGUACAGAUAAUAAAACACAGUAUUUUGAUGUACCAUAAUUGUGUAGAGUAUUAAUUUUAAUGUGUACAAAUUUGUAAAGUGUUGAACUGGGACUGUUAACAGCA